AUGGCCGCAGCAGGAUCCCAGCAGCUCCAGUUCGCAGAGGGCGCCGCUUUCCCCAGCUUCCCGGCCGCGCAUCCCGGAGGGCAGCUGCUCCCAGCCGCUGGGCUGCCCCCGGCGCCCCCCGACUCCCGCGUUCCUGCGGCUACGCCGAGCUUUCCGAGCGAGGACCCCAGGCCCGCAGCGCAGACCCCCGCCGGCCUGGAUCCGCCCGGACCCUCCAAAGGCGCAGCCGCCCCGUCGGCGCCGCCGCGUCGCAAGCGCACCUCGUUCAGCUCCGAGCAGCUGCAGUUGCUGGAGCUCGUCUUCCGACAGACCAUGUACCCCGACAUCCACUUGCGGGAGCGCCUGGCUGCGCUCACGCUGCUACCCGAGUCCAGGAUCCAGGUGAUUGUCUUUUUUCCUCCGGUCCCCCAGGUGUGGUUCCAGAACAGACGGGCCAAGUCCAGGCGCCAGAGUGGCAAGUCAUUUCAGCCCUUCUCCUCAAGGCGGGAAGUGUUCCUCCAUCGCCCUGCUCCUGGGGCUGAAGCAAGGUGUCUGAAACCUCAGCUGCCUCUGGAGGCAGAUGUGAACCACGGUCUAGAUCCCAGCAUGGCCGGAGGAGGCGUCUGUCCCUCUGGUUCUCAGAGUUUUGAAACGUAUUCGUCUCUCUCGGAAGAUAUUGGCUCAAAGUUGGACUCAUGGGAGGAGCACAUCUUUUCUGCCUUAGGUAACUUCUGAGGAUUCUGGGACAGUUGAGGAUGCACUAGGAGAUCUGGGAGAUUCGAACCAGAACACUACCUUGUCUGAUCUCCUGACUGGCCACGGCCUUGGUUCUGGAUCAUCUCUCUCACUCAGGU